AAUUAUUAUGCAAGGUUUCUGCCGAAUCUAUCCACAGUUCUCCACCCUUUACACAGACUUUUGGAGAAAAACCGGAAGUGGGAGUGGAAUGGUGAUUGUGCCAGAGCAUUUGCCGAGGUCAAGAAACUAGUUACAUCAAAUGAGGUGCUCACUCAUUACGACCCUGCAAAACCUGUGAGAUUGGCGUGCGACGCGUCACCAGUAGGUCUGGGAGCAGUAUUAUCUCAUGUAAUGGAUAAUGGAACCGAACGUCCCAUAGCUUAUGCCUCGAGAACCUAGAAGAAUUACUCACAAAUUGAUAAGGAGGCACUUGCAUUAGUAUGGGGAGUCAAGCAUUUUCAUAACUAUGUGUUUGGACGAGAGUUCACCCUAAUUACAGACCACAAGCCACUGAUUUCGAUUUUCAAUCCCGAGAAGGGAAUACCCUCAACCACUGCUGCGAGGAUGCAAAGGUAUGCUUUGUUUCUGUCUGGACUGACAUACAAAAUCGAGUAUAAAUCAACCACAGCACAUGGAAAUGCGGAUAGCUUGUCACGGUUACCUUUACAAGUCAACACUAUUGACAGUGAUGACGACGAAAUGGUGAACGCAGUAAACGUGGGUCAGUUGGAGAAGCUGCCAGUAACACAGUCCCAGAUACGAAGGGAGACAACUCAUGAUCCUGUGAUGGCAACAGUAUUACAGUUUGUAAUGAAUGGUUGGAAUGAGGAAGUCACUAACCCAGAACUGAAACCAUAUUUUGUGAGGAACACGGAGAUUACUGAACAUCAAGGAUGUCUAUUGUGGGGGACUAGAGUAAUUGUACCUCCCAAACUUCAAGCUGAAGUUCUUGCGGAAAUACACCAAGGUCACAUCGGAAUCGUGAAAAUGAAGGCAGUGGCCCGAAGUUAUGUUUGGUGGCCUAAUAUAGACUUGGACAUUGAACAAUUGUGCAAGGCUUGCACAGGGUGCCAGAGUGUUAAAGUGGCACCACCAUCAGCUCCACUUCAUCCAUGGGAGUGGACCUCAAGGCCAUGGUACAGGAUACAUAUGGAUUUUGCUGGUCCUUUUCUGGACAGUAUGUUUUUCAUUGUUGUGGAUGCUUACUCUAAGUGGCCAGAAGUGGUCCCCAUGAGGACAACAACGUCAGAUAAGACCAUAGAUGUACUGCGAACAAUAUUCGCAAGGAACGGCAUACCCACUGAAAUUGUCAGUGACAACGGACCUCAGUUUGUGUCCGAGAGUUUUAAGAACUUUGUUAAGGCUAAUGGUAUAAAACACAUCACAUCCGCCCCAUACCAUCCGAGUACAAAUGGACUCGCGGAAAGAUUUGUUCAAACCUUUAAAGCAGCAAUGAAGGCUAGUAGGAGAGACAAUGGUACGUUGACAAAGAAGUUGGCUAAUUUCUUGUUAGCUUACCGGAACUCAGCACAUGCGACAACAAAUGAAUCACCCGCAAAGUUGUUCUUAGGACGGAAGUUACCAUCCAGGUUAGAUUCUCUUCUCCCAAAUGUUAGAGGACGAGUGGAAGGUCAGCAAAGUAACAUGACAUUCAAGCGAAUUUCAAGGUUAAGAACCUUUGAGCCAGGUCAGAGUGUUACUACCUGUGAUUAUCGUCGGGGAAGUGAGGAUAAAUGGGUUUCCGGUAAAAUCCUUGAACAGACAGGUCCGGUUUCUUACCGUGUGGAGGUUGCUCCGGGAACAUUCUGGAGACGACAUACUGAUCAAUUGAGGGAUGCUUGUGCUCAAAUUCCAUUGAAGGUAACCUUACCUGAACCUAUAAUACCCUCAGGUACACGGAAAUCAGCAGAAGUGGUUCCUCCAGCAGCCUAAUGUGGUGACUCGGAUCGAUCAACACCAUUGCGUGAUGUCUCUACUCCCAAACCAUCACCUUCGACAUCAUUGAUAAGGUCUCCAACUACAGACUCCAACUCUGGUCCAAGAUAUCCUAGUCGGUCUAACAGGA